AUGAUUUUUUAUUGUUUGGCUCAAGCUGUAUCAGUGUUGGAUCGUGGAACAGAAGAUCUCAACAAGGAAAGGUGGGAUAAAGAUGAGAUUGGUCAUUAUGAUAUGAUCACAAGCAAUGUACUUAUUGGAUAUUGCGAUAAAGUACAUAAUCGUUGCCCUGUCAUAAAGAUAGAUAGACAUGAGAGGGGUGCUAUAGCAUGUCGACCUCCUGAACAAAGAAUAAAUAUACUCAUCAACCAUCCCCGCCACGGAACUUGCUCUAACAUUUACAAGGUUGGACUCAUCAUGCUAAGCCUACUAGACACCCAAGUAUCUAUUUUCAUGCCCUCCGAAGGUUUCAUGGUGAAGUACAAUGAGAGGCUUGGAAGAGGUGUAAGCAAUGCAUCUUAUCUUGAAGAAGAGGAUAUUAAAGAUGCGUAUUCGCAAAUGCUCAGAGCCUUGAUCAUGGAAUGUUGUAUGAAAGAGCCGCUACUACGACCUAAAACAGUUGAACUGCAAGCAAGAACUGGAAUGAUGUUUCGGCUGUGCCAGAAUAAAUUGGUAGCGGAUACUGUUGGAAAUUAUAUUUGUCCUGGGUUGGCGAGGGAAAAUGUAUUACUGGAGGACUUGGAACCACCUAAAGAGUGGCUGGUAUAA